CAGUUGCAUUAUGCAAGUUUUUGUGCACUUGUGUAAUAUUUUAUCCUCAUAAAUUCUCUCUCUCUCUCUCUCUCAUUCGCAACGUACCAAAAAAUCUCAUGCAAUUUGGCAUAGAAAUUGUUAGACUAACUGAUCAAGUUGCCCUUUAAAAAGAAAUGAGAGAGUUCCUUGUAAUGAGAGAGCCUCAAGUUCAUGGUUGGUAGAAUGGUCAUGGAAACUGUUGGGCUCCAACAAGACCUAUUUGGUUAUGGCUACAGAGAUAUCUGUACUUCUCUUGGAGGAGCUGGAGAAGAAGAAGAAGUUUCUUUUAAUGAAACUAUGUCUGGUUUCAAUUCAAAUCACUGGGAUUCUUCACCUUUUUCAAUGGGUCCAAAUAGUGUGAUAGACUGGGAUACAAAUUCUUCUUCUCAAGAAAACUGCGCUCGUGAUGAUGGAUUUCUCGCCGGAGGAUUUUCUCCGGCGGGAACUGUUGGCCGCCGGAAGAGACAACGUAACAGAAGUGUUAAGAACCAGAAAGAAGUUGAGCAUCAGAGAAUGACACACAUUACUGUGGAACGCAAUCGGAGAAAGCAAAUGAAUGACUAUCUUGCUGUGCUUCGAUCCAUGAUGCCUCCAUCUUACGUUCAAAGGGGAGACCAGGCAUCAAUCGUGGGUGGAGCCAUUAACUUCGUAAAGGAGCUAGAGCAACUUCUUCAAUCCCUUGAAGCCCACAAGAGACUCAAGAAAGAUCCAUCAGACACUGAUGAUUUUUCUCGUGUCUUCUCAGAUUUUUUCACCUUCCCUCAGUAUUCAACUCAUUCAACAACAACAGCAGAAGAUCAUGAACAGUCAUCAAUGGCAGCCAAGAGGCAAUCAAUCUCUGCAGAAGUUGAAGUGACAAUGAUAGAAAGCCAUGCUAACCUCAAAAUACUAACAAGAAGACACCCAAAACAGCUAUUGAAGAUGGUGGUCGGGCUGUACUCUCUUUGCCUUAGUAUUCUUCAUCUAAAUAUUACAAGUGUUGAUCAAAUGGUCCUCUAUUCUUUCAGUGUUAAGGUUGAAGAAGAGUGUCAACUGGCUUCUGUCAAUGACAUUGCAGCUGCUGUGUAUGAGUUGGUGGUUAGGAUGCAAGAGGAAGCUAUUUCUAAUUACUCAUACGAUCGUUAAUUUUUUCUUUUCUUCCAAGUGUUUUCUAUUUGCAUAUCCUUGUCCAAAUGAAUUGGUGCAAUUUAGCUUUAAUCUUGUCUCUUCU